CGCUGGAGAAAUCGAGGCGAAGGUGCUAGAAAAGACUUGAAACACCCCGGUAAAGAUGGAACAGCAAAAGGAAGAGACUGGGCCUCAGGGGAACAAUCUGCCCUCCCCCGGGGCUGGGUCGUGGCCGCCUCCAGCUUUCCCAGCUCUGCCCUCUUCUUUCCUGGGCACCCCAGAUCCAGCCCAUCUGGGGCUCCCCGAGAGCCUGGCCUCUGUGACCGUCCCCGUCCGCCUGGAUGCCCUCUCCUACCUCCUCCACAGCGCCCUGAUGGGGGCCUACUCGCUGCAGCAGUCCUUGCCCUCCUGCCCCUGUGUCCCCCGGGCAUGCGGCACCCAGCCAGGCACUGCCAAGAGGCCACCCAAGGGACGCGGGGGCUGGGACGUCCCGCGCAGGCCAGGCCGGGGCUACCGGAGAUGGGGACUUGGGAGGGCUGAACAGGCAGAGAGGGGCUGGGCCAGGGGCCGUGGGGCUGGCCCCCAGACCCCGCCGGUGACGCCGCCAUCACCAGCACCGCCUGCGCAGGAGGGGAAGAAAGACACCCAGGGUCCAGAGCCACCCGUGGAGCCGCCGCCUGCUGAGGACUGGGAGGCUGAGUACUAGGACCCUGAGGAUCCCGCACCCCGGAUUCCGGAGGGCGCCUUGGAGGUCACCAGGAGAGUUUUCUUGGAGCCCAGGGUGACCCCAGCCCUGCCAGAGAUACCCAGGGAACAUCGCACUCCCAUCCCUCUUCCCUGAAAACCACAGCCUCAGAAGGGGCUCCUGCGAGUCAGCUGGUGACACUGGGACCUGACUUCGGAUCCCAAGUCAGGGAAGCAAACCUGAAUCUCAGGCCCAAACCCAAGCCCCUUCCUGGGAAUCUCUAGCCCCCUUCCUAAGCCCAAAGCCAUUCCCGCCAGCCCCACCCCACGGGCCCCAGCCAUUCAUCCCCCUUCCUGCUCCCAUCUCUGCCCUGACCCACCCUCGUAGCCUCAUUCCCAGCUCCCUCAUCCCCUUCUUCCUAAAGGCCAGCCCGACCCUCAUCCUUCAUUUCAGUGAAGCUCCAGCCCCCAGUGCAGCUGUGUCCUCGAGCCCAGCCAGCCUGGCCUCAUCCUCAACCCCCUUCCUGUCCUAACCCCCCAGGUGACAUGCCCUAUGACCCCACUUGCAGAAAACCCUGUUUUCCCAACAUAGCCAGGCACCUGCGGCCCCCACCCCAUUUCCUGCCCUUGGGGCAGGGGGACCGGCUUGCACAAUAAAUGGCUGAGUGUCCCUAUGUCUUGUGUCUGUGUGUGCUUACGCAGCUCGGGCUAACCCCGUGGGUGCCGGGAGCGUGGCUGGUGAAAGGCUUCCAGGGUGGCUGGGAGGGUCAUGGAGAGAGGCCGCUGGGGCCAGGGGCUGCGGAGAGGCAGGGACUGGAUUCCUGCCUCAGCGAAUUCCAUCUGGGGGCCUCUGCCUGCUGGAAGCUGCUGGGCUGCGGGGCCAUUGUGUGGGGAGGCUUAAGGGAUUUGGGGGACCCGGGGAGCCGAGAGGCCAGCGACCUGGCCGGGCUCAGGCCGGGCUCAGUCUGCUCAGAGGGGCCGAGGCAGACGGAGGGCUCAGGGCAGAAUCUGCGGCUCAGGUAGGGACCAGGCGUGGCC